AUGUUCCCCACCAACAAAACACUCUUGAACCCACAUUUUGAGGGCUAUAAGCUCGACAUCGCUGAUGGACACACGAUAGAACGGCACGGAUUGCAGUAUCCCGUCACGCAGUCUCGAGCAUCCUCUUUCCUCUCAUUCGAGGAAGUUCAGAGUCGCAUAACACACAACCACCUCGCCGCAAUCGCGGAUCGGCUUGUCUAUGUUGACGCGUACUUUCGCGUGAUCUUGGUCCGACUUACUCCGGAGCCCUCGUUCACUUGCAUCCACGAAUUAGCACAACCAACAGCCCAACGGCCAGAGUAUCCUUCCGCAAUCUUCCUGUCACCAUCUGAAAUAUUUGUGGCCGAUGGUGCUGGUCUCCUUUACAUUCUGAAAGAUACCGGCGAACUUAUUGCUCUCUAUUCGCUGGCCGAGCCCUUCCGCAUCCACUCCAUCUCCGCCCAACCCACUGGUCUAUGCUUCCUUGUACUAUCCUCAAGGCAGCAGAACGGCUUGUCGUCCAAAACUGCCCAUUUCAAUAUAUGUGCCGCCAAGAUAAGCACACCACUACCGCAGAAUGAAGCGAUUCGGCCUUUGGAAAUAGCAUGGCAGCGUCGAGGGAACUCAGUCCCUAUCGAGGUUGCUUUCGACGAAUCGCGACAAGUGUUUCUAGUGUUGGGAGAAUCGAGCUAUACUGAAGUGGAGACACCAGUACCAACAGAAUACAAUCCGACUCCAUCCGAGAUGGCUCCGAUACCACAGUCGGGGGAAAAUCUCGACGUUACAAAGCCGCCGCCGUAUUCGUGGACCCAAACUUCCGAUUCAGUCACUGUAGCCAUCCCUCUCCCAGCAAGUACGCCGACUUCAGACAUCAAAGUAACAUUCUCGCCCCAGACGCUCACAGUGCAUAUUAAGGGGUCGAUUGCCCCAGAUGCCCCUCUUCCGCACUAUUCCUCGAAGAGGUUAUGGGCUACUAUCAGUGCAGUUGACAGCAUGUGGACAUGGGACCGUGCCGGGGAGCGUCAUUACGGUGUAUUGACGCUUCACAUAGAAAAGAAAGACGAAGGCACACGAUGGUCACAUGUUUUCGAGUCGUCAGGCACUUCUGAAGCCGAAGAGGAUAUGGACGUGCCAGAAACACUCGACGCUUCGCAGCUUUAUGCCAUUCGCGAGUCGUUGGAAAAGUAUACAGCGGCAUUGAGGACUGGUGAAGAUGCGAGCGGGCUUGGGCUUGGCAGCGGUCUUCCUAGUCUGGCACGGGGUGAGGCAGACGAGGAUGUCGAUGAUUCAGUUGGCCGCAAUGCCCAAAUGACUUGGGUCAACGCUCACGACGGAAGCACGCCAACUUGGGCUUCACGCCAUGGUUCCAUGCCUGGCAGGUUACUGGCGACCGAGAUUCCUGGAAUAACUGGUUCAGUCAUCCAAAUUGUGCUCAAAAAUGGAGUUGAUGGGACUGUCUUUGCUCUUGAGCCUGCUGAAAGUCUAGACCAACCCCCGCAAUGGCGCCAUACAUCAACCUAUUCAGCAUUGGCUUUUGUAUUGGCGUCGAAAACCGAUACGCGAUUCACCUAUCAUGUCCCCUCGAAAGCAGUCCUAGCCUUCGAACAUGGUCAACGUGGUCGGGCGGGGAAUGUUUAUAUAUAUCAGGCUGCAGCAACCAAAGAGAUCUGGGCAAAACAAAGUGUCUUUCGAGUAGGCGAAGAGGGUUCACUGCUUGGUAUUACUGCUGUGCAGACUGCUUCCCAUUUUGUGCUUAUAGGUUUGACCGAGAAGGAAUUAGUCGUACUUUACAACAUCCCUGCUUUGAGAAAAUAG